AUGAGCAUCGUCUGGAAUUGCAUCUCACGCCCCUUUCUUCGUCACGCACGUAGGCAGCCUUACCACCACAAUUGGCUGCCGACGACGCAGAUGUUGCAGAAUCACUAUAAUCCUGUGUUAAAUGCCAGUCGUUGGCUGUCUGGCACUGCCAAUGCUUUCGCUGCAUGGGCAAAAGAUGAGGUGGAUUUGCUUCUUCAGCUCCGAGAAAUGAGCGUACCUUACAGAGACAUUGCAGAGCGUCUAGGCAGGGCCCAAAGGGCAGUCAUGUCCCAAGCAAGUCGGCUGCGGCGAGAGGAGCAAAGGGCGAAAGGGUGUGUUGCCGGCCUCACCCUGAAAUACUGGAGUAAAGAGGAACUGUCUACUCUCAAGGACUUACGAGCAAACGGGAGGACGUGUAAAGAAAUUGCUGCGGUGCUGGAUCGGUCGAUCCCUGGCAUCCGUGGUGCACUUGCUCGACAAAGGGUUGCGUCAAACGAUCAGUCUCGGACUAAUUCACUUUGGACGACGGAAGAUAAAGCCACAUUGAUGGCGAUGAGGAAUGAUGGAUGUUCUUGGGCAAUGGUUGCGUCAGCCCUCAAGCGCUCAACGGGGAGUGUGAUGUUAUGGAGUCAUCUCAGGUGUGAUGUUAAUUUGACGCGACGGUUCUUCACUAAAGAGGAGGACGAAUUGCUCUUGCGCUUGAAAGUAGACGAAAAGAAGAGUUGGGGUCAAAUCGCCCUUGCGUUCGAAAAUAGCAGGGGAAUCAACCACCUCAGGGAUCGUUUCCGUAAUCUGCAAACAACUGCAUUGGCCGGUAGAUCGCCGGCAACUCAACGCCCCUGGACGGAGAACGACGUCGCUACGUUGCGUCAACUUGUCUCCUCAUCAGCCACCUACGCUUCAAUAGCGUUGCAACUAGGUCGCAGCAGGAGUGCCGUCUGCGGCGCCAUCAAACUGCAUCAAUUUAAAGAGGCUAGAAUUCGUCGAGUGCUAUGGUCACCAGAGCAAGAAUCUGCCCUUUUCCAUUACAGACGCGAUCUCUGCAUGUCAUUUCCCGAGAUUGCUGCAAUUCUGGGGCGCACUGAAGUAGCUCACAGAAGUCGCAUAUCUCCAGACACAACUAUAGAAAAGAAUGAGCACGAGGCAUUGGAACACGCCUUGCACCUUUGCACGGGCAGUGAGAUCCGCGUUGGUGGCACUCGAUGGACUUCCAAUUAUUCCCUAGUUCUGUCGGAUAAUGGAAAUUCGGAUGAUCGGCAGAUACGGCAAAGAACCACCGGACCUUCUCCAUCUGUAGAGCUCGUGGAAGAGCCAGCAUGUUCAAGACUUCAAAACUGUUUCGUGCAUCCUGUAUAA